UUGGACCACAUCCUCACCCCACCUCCCACAUCCCUCAGGAAGUCCAGUAAUCCAGAUCUGAUACAUGGAUUAAGUCCUGCUCUCAAAUUUAAGCGGCAUCUCAGUGAAGAUGGAAAAUAUGUUAGAAGAAGAAGCCUUGGUGGUGGUCUCACAGGAAAGUACCUUCAGCUGCCCACCAACCUGCAGCAACCUCAGACCCUGUUGCAGCCAUCAUCUGAAACCUCUAAUCUUGUUCGAAUGCGUUCCCUGAAUCUCGGGAAGUCUGACCCCUCCCUCACCUCAAGCUCAGUGAGUGUUUCCCGAAUUUGA